GUGAGCUGUUACGUUCGCGUGACUCUUGAGUGACUUGAUUUUCACUUUUUCGAUGCGUUAUAGCAAGAUUUAACUCUAAGAUUUUAUUCCCCAUCAGCAAAAUGUUCCACAGAAUGAAGUGCCGAGCGAACGAUUUUUGUCUUCGACGAAUGGGUUUACAUAGACUACUUGAACGCGCUCUUUCUUCAAAUGGUUGUUUUACAAGCAGGAAUCGAGAAAAUCACUCAAUGUGCUGCUUCGAAAAGAAUAGAUGGAAAUAUCUUGUAAAUUUACAGAAAAGAUCCCUGCAAGACGGAAGGACAAAGGGUGACAAUAUUAUUCUUAUGGGAAGUCCUGGUGCAGGAAAAACUUCUGUUGGAAGAAUCCUUGGGAGACAUUUGCAGAGGGAAGUUCUUGAUAUUGAUGAUGAUGUCUUGGAGAAGGUGUGGGGAAUGACAGUUGCAGAAAAGUUGUCUCAAGUGGGCUCUGAUGGUUUUGUUGAAGCAGAGGGGCAAGCAUUGUUGCAGUUCUUUCCCAACAAUGCUGUUGUGUCUUUGAGUGGGUCCAAUCCAAUGCAUGCAACAGCCAUGGAUCACACCAGAUCACUUGGGACUGUUGUGUACUUAGAUGUGGCAGAUGAAGAGAUAUUGAAUCGUCUGGCUGCUAUGAAAGUAAACAGGAUUGUUGGACAGAAUGAAGGUAUUAGUAUGAAUGAAAUUCUUCAGUAUCGUAAACAGUUUUACGAAUCUAGCUAUGACGUUCGUGUCAUCUGUGCCAAUGGAGACUCCAUCGAAGAAAUUGCCAGCAAAGUUCGGACAAGUUUGGCAGAGUUAAGCAUCGAUCAGGGAUUUACAAGCACAAGACAGGAACACUCUGACACUGGUGACAGUCCAGGAUUUUUACGAGUGGUGUUAGAAGGACUGGCGCCCGACGGAGGACUAUACGUACCCAAGAAAAAGAUACCACACUUUACUGAAGGUCAAUGGGAAAGGCUUGUAGACUGUAGCUACCAAGACAGAGCUUUGCGAAUUCUAGAAACAUGGAUUUCACCAAGCGAACUUCAUCCGUCAAGUUUGCGCCAAAUGGUUUACAAGGCUUACUCCAGUAAUUUCCAACACGAAGGAGUUGCCCCAGUUGUCAAACUUAACGAGCAGUUCUAUCUACAAGAACUAUUCCAUGGACCUACCGCCUCUUUUAAGGACAUGGCUUUGCAGUUGACACCGCAGUUUUUUAGCGAAGCUAUCUCUCGAACGUGUUCCUCUGAUGAGGAUCUUAAACGUCUCAUUCUCGUUGCCACAUCAGGAGACACGGGUAGCGCGGUGCUGGAGGGUUUUAAAGAGAACUUUGAUACUGAUGUCCUCAUUCUCUACCCAGAGGAAGGUGUCAGUUCGAUCCAAAAGGCGCUGAUGGUUUCGUCUGAUGGUCAAAAUAUGCGCGUGAUCGGAGUGAAAAGCGACUUCGACUUCUGCCAAACUGCAAUUAAGACAAUCUUUAACAAUAUGUCGUUUAGCAAGAAACUAGCAGAGUCGUAUGGUGUACAACUGAGUGCGGCGAACUCUAUAAACUGGGGAAGAUUAUUACCACAAGUUGUUUAUCAUGCCUCGGCAUAUUUGGAUCUUGUUCAAUCUGGAGUUAUCUCCAUGGGCGAGGAGGCAGAUUUGUGUGUACCAACAGGAAACUUUGGCAAUAUUCUGGCUGCCUACUAUGCAAAGGAAAUGGGAAUACCUCUCAAUAAUCUGAUCUGCGCUUCCAACGAAAAUAACAUUCUUACAGACUUCUUUCACUCUGGUUCUUACGACAUGAGUAAACGAAGGAUUCAACAGACCCUUUCUCCAUCUAUCGACAUUCUCAAGUCGUCCAACUUGGAAAGAUUACUUUAUCAUGUUACUGGACGAGAAGUGUCUGGGUUGAUGAAGUCGUUGGAUGAAAAUAAGCAUUUUCAGAUUUCUGGUGAUCUUUGGAGCCACUUGUCAACUGUAUUUAAAGCGGAUUGGACUACAGAAAAGAGGUGUCUGGAUGUGAUAAAAUCGACCUAUGAAGAAAAUAACUACAUCUUUGAUCCUCACACAGCAGUGGCUAAAGACGUAGCGGAUCGCUUUGCAAAUCCUCAUCGACCCCUUAUCAUCUCUUCAACUGCCCACUAUAGCAAGUUUGCGUACGAUGUUCUAAAAGGACUGUCAAAAUUACCAGCAUCCCAAGGUCCUUUGGACUUGUUUGGGAGUCUAAACAAACUUGGUGCCAACCCUUCUGCGCAUGCCAAUCUUGAAACUGUUGUCAAGCGAGAUCAAAAGCAGAAUACCACGUGCUUAGCGGAAACUAGUGUAAUCAUGAAGGAAAUAGAAGCCUUUUUAAGUCGAUGAUUAUGGACGGGGA